UCUGCAAAAUAGGAAAUGAAGACAAAAUCAACCAAUUUAUAUGUGAUUAUCAUAAUCAUUAUGUAAAAGGUCACUUGUAUUAACAUUUUCUUUACAGAGUUCUGAUUCAAUGUAAACAGGUCACGGUGAUGAGUUUAAUAACCUCCUGUUAUCGUUUCUCUAGUGAACUCUUCAGCACAUGAAUGUUUCUUAUUCUCCUGCAGGAUUGAAGCCAAAACCUGAACUCAAAUCAAAUACUGAAGGAGCUGCACUGACAGGAAACACAGUGACUCUGACCUGUCACAUGGAUCAGUCGACUGGAUGGCAGUUUUACUGGUACCAACACACACAGAAACAUCAGAAAAACACAACAGACAAAAACUCCUACACAGUGAACAUUGAUUCAGUGUCUGAUGGAGGUCAGUACUGGUGUAGAGCUGGAAGAGGAAAUCCAGUUUACUACACACACUACAGUGAUGCACUGUGGGUAAAUGUUACAGACCAACCUAAAACUAUUUUGACUGUAAAGCCUGAAAAUCAGCUGUUCAGUGGAGAAACUGUCACUCUCAGAUGUGACAUACAGGGUGGAGGAGACACUGAGUGGACAUACAGAUGGACUGUAGAGAAUACCAACUACUGGAAUAAAAACAUUGUCAGUGAAUACAAGAAACAAGAGUAUAAAAUCAGCAGUGUUGAACACACACACAGUGGUAAAUACACCUGUAGAGGAAAGACAAGAGAUGGACAAAACUCAGAGAUCAGUGAUGCUGUUACACUGACUGUGUCAUCAGAUAAAGCCCAAGCAGUGUUAAGUGUUUCUCCACAGAAGUGGCUGACAGAAGGAGACUCAGUGACUCUGAUCUGUGAGGCUUACGGCUCCUCUACAGGAUGGACUUUCAGCUGGUACAGAGAUGAUAAUGAGUUCAAUUAUAAACACCUGUCAGACAGCAGCAGAGGUGCUGGAGGAAACUACACUGUCAGUUCUGCUGCUGUAAAUCACACAGGAGUUUAUAAGUGCAGAGGAGAGAGAGGAGAACAAGUGUAUUACACAGAGGACAGCAACACACAGCCACUAUGGGUCACUGGUGUCUCUCCUUCAGUUUCUCUGAUCAUCAGUCCCAACAGAACUCAACAUUUCACAUCUGACUCUCUCACUCUGAGCUGUGAGGAUCAGAGUAACUCUACUGGAUGGUCAGUGAGAAGAUACACAGACAGUGGAAAGCUGCAAGGUUGUUCAUCAUCAUACUGGGGAUCACAAACAGGAUCUAAAUGUAGAAUCAGUUCCGUCUACACUUCUGACACUGGAGUGUACUGGUGUCACUCUGAAUCUGGAGAGAACAGUAAUCCUGUUAAUAUCACAGUACACUAUGGUGAUGUGAUUCUGGAGAGUCCUGUUCAUCCUGUGACUGAAGGAGAUUCUCUGACUCUUCGCUGUUUAUAUCGAUAUAAAAACCCAUCAGUCCUCACAGCUGAUUUCUAUAAAGAUGGAUCCCUCCUCCAGAAGAAGACUACUGGAGAGAUGAUCAUCCCUACUGUCUCAAAGUCACAUGAGGGUUUCUACUACUGUAAACACACAGAGAGAGGAGAGUCACUCAAGAGCUGGAUCUCAGUCAGAGUGUCACAUUCAGAAGUUCAGAGUUCUGUCCUUAACAUGUUGAGUUCUCUACUGGCAGCUUGUCCAUAUCUGCUAUUGACCGUCAUACUGGUUUUUAAAUGCUGUAGAGUGAGAGUUACAUCUGUUGAAGACCAAUGCCAGUAUGCAGUAAGAGAGGAAGAAUCUUCAAUCUGAUAUGAAUCUGUUGUGACAAUAAGCUCUCUGAAUACAUUUAAGCCAGUCAAGCUGUGCAUUAAACAGGAGCGUGUCAUCACACAAGUACUGCCCUUAUCUGGACCAAACCAUCUGUGCUUUCCUUCAGCCAUAGCACCAUAAGGACACCAUACAGACACUUUAUUUUUCAAAUAUAAUAGCCUAUUUAUGUUCUGUUUUACUCAUUUACGGAGUUAUUUAAAAUAAAACCCCUGUCCAAGAUCUGAAGCCACUCCUACUUUGUUUAAAAAAAGGUUUGUAAGGCCUGUCUUAAAUUACUGUUCUUACCAUAUUCUUUAAGAUUUCAGCAUUGAUAUCAUCAGUAAAAGUUUUAAAUGUCUUUGUUCUACAUUUGAAUGCGUCACUUUUUUGUAAUAUAAUACAAAAUCGAAAAAUUAGACAAAUUGACAAAUGAUGAAACUAAGGUUGAAUUGUUUGGGAAGAACAUUCAGCACUAUGUAAGGGCACCACAUACCAACAUGAAAACAUCAUCCCAGUGGUGAAGUACAGUGGAGGGAGCAUCAUGAUUUGGGGCUGCUUCGGGGCCCGGACCACUUGCCAUCAUCAUGAGAAAAAUUAAUUCCCAAGUUUAUCAAGAUAUCCUACAGGAUAAUGUCAGGUUUGCGGUGCAUCAGCUGAAGCUCAGUAGAAGUUGGGUGAUACAGCUGGAUAAACAUCGAAGUAAAUCCACUACAGAAUGGCUUAAAAAAAAACAAUAUACUUGUGACUUUGGUGAAGAUGAGAUCACAUUUUAUGACCAAUUAAUGCAGAAACCAGCAAAUUCCAAAGGGUUCACAUUCUUUUCUCACCACUGUAUGUCUCCUGACUUGUAUUGCUGCAAUGCUCUGAAAAUGUUCAUAUUUCACAUCUGUUCAUGUAUCUAAUUUUAAAUAAAGAGCU